CUAAACAAAUACAGCUGCAUUUUAGAGAGAGAGAGAGAGAGAGAGAGUUAAAUGGAGGGGUUGCGAAGGAGCAUUGCGUCGCCGACGCUGGUGGUGGUGCUAGCGUUCGCCGCGAUGUUGAUGAUACCUCAGGUAUCUUCCACUCGGUUCAUCGUCGGUGCGAAUAUGGGCUGGACCAGCAAUGUUAACUACACUAUUUGGGCCAGAGACAAACAUUUCUACCUCGGCGAUUGGCUCUUUUUUGUGUAUGAUCGGAACCAGAUGAAUGUAUUAGAGGUGAACAAGACCAAUUAUGAGACAUGCAACUCCGAACAUCCACUUCACAAUUGGACUACUGGAGCUGGAAGGGAUGUGGUUCCACUUAAUGUGACUCGGCAUUACUAUUUCAUUAGCGGGAAUGGUUUCUGUUAUGGUGGCAUGAAGUUGGCUGUCCUUGUUGAAGAACUACCACCCCCUCCCACAGCUUUACCCGAAAAGUCUGGUGCUUCAAGAUCUACUACAUUUAGAGGCCAGAUUGUCAUACCAGCUGUUUUUGCAAUUGCUGCAGUAUGGGACUCGUUCAUUCGGUUCUGGUAGCGAUUCAUAUCUUCAGACGUUGAGCGCUUUUCUGUCAGCUUUGCACCAAUUGCUUAAACGACUUUUGAAAGAAAAUUGAGUUGUGUUCCAUUGGUUUUUUCAUUACUUUUUUAAUUUUUAAUUUUCUUUUUAGAUUCAUGUUUGUCCUUUCGUGUGUUAUUUAUUGUCCAUCAUGCUAGACGUAGAAAUUAAUGACUUUUUAUUAUAAGGUGGGUGGAUGGGUUUGAAAAUUGUUAAAUAUGUUCACCAAAACAAAUUUAAAGAAAUGAUUUCUUGGAGUA